AGAAAAAUGAAAGUAAAUGCUAGCAGAAAACAGAAAUGUCAUGUUUCGGUGUAGAAAAAUUUAAGUAGUUUAUUGACCCUUCGAAUAAUUUUUGGAUAAAAUUAUCUUUUAAAUUUACAGCAAAAUGUGAGGAUUGAAGAUUUUAGUUCUAAGGUUUUUAAAAAGUGAGACAAUGAGUACAUUUAACUCAUUGCUAAGAAAGGCUUCAAGUCUGCUAAAGAUAGGUGGAUUAGAUGCUUCUCCACAGAAAUCAAACUUGGCUGGAGAAGUUACAUUUUGUAAAAAUAAUGUUUGUGUUCAUCCUCCAUCAAUGUUGAGGACAGAAGUCGUUCACCACCCUGGUUAUUUAACCAUACGAGAGCAAAAUGAUGAGAUACUUGGCUCAACAUUAAUAUUGACUUGGAUACCUAAUGCUACUCUGAAAAAGAAUCCACGCAGCUUGGAAAACAAGACUCCCGAAAGCUCUCCUUGUCGUAGUUCAUUUAGUAGUAAAUGCCCUAGUCCUACUCCCAGUGGGAGGUCACCUUUUCAUUUAUCUUUGUCAAGUAAUUAUUCUUUGAAUGCCAUGAGUGAAAAGUCAAAGGGUGAUUCAACUGAUUUACCUUGCUUGCCAUUUUCAGGGGUUGAUAAUUCAGAUAGAAGAAGUAUAAGCUCAACCAUAUCUGAUAUGGGAAGUCCACGCGAAGAUUUUGGAAGCUUGGAGAGUUUUUCUAACAGUGAUCAUACAGAAGAAAUGACUGCUUCUACCAGUUCCCAAAUAAUGUCUGGUGACAUUACAGAGUUGGAUAGCUAUGAACCACCAUCAUAUGAAUCUAAAGCUGAUCAAGAACCUGAGAAGUCAAAAGUUUCUUCCAGUAAUAAUGGUGACCAUCAAAGUCAGACUGAUUCUGGAAUAGGACCAGAAGAAGUUAUUGCAGCUCUUGAGAAAAUGAUAUGUGGCCUUAAUGAUAUUGAUAGCUCUAAACAAGAAUUAGGAAAUGAAAUCAAUGAUACUCUUGAAAAUGUCGUACAAGUAGAAGAAGCUGAAAUAUCUGCAAGCAAUGAUCAAAUUCUUGAAAAUACUGAAGUAACUCCUUUAGCACAAGAAAACCUUCACUACCCUAAAGAAAAUAGGGCAGAUAUGCAACUUAUUCUAUCUGAUAAUUUAAACGAAGGUAUGAAAGAGAGUUCACAUCCUCAAACUGCACCUGGAAUAAAUAUUAGCUCAUACAGUCCUACAGGUUCUAGAAGUAGUUCUACAACUCCUACCACAUCAAACAGAGACCCAGAGAGUUUUCCUUCCACCCCUGGUGACACACCACCACCUUCUCCUACAAAUAAAAUGUCAAAGCUUUUAUUUGUAGAGGGAACAGCUGAAUCAUUAGCUCAUGCUCACAAUCUAAGUUUUCCAGAUGAUUCUCCUUCUGCAAGUGCCAAAAUAUCCAGGAGGGAAAGCAGCUGCAAUGUUUUCUCUGUAGAUCUAAGUCAAAUGCGUUCAUUAAGACUAUUUUACAGCAAUAAAGAAUGCACAUGUGGUCAACUAGUCAUAGCUAGUAGAGAAAGCCAGUACAAAAUACUGCAUUUUCAUCAUGGUGGCCUUGAAAAAUUAGCCAAAGUUUUUGAAGAGUAUAACUUUCUUUCUAAAUCUAAAAACAAAGGAACUGAUAACUGCCCCUAUCGACAAUUUUCUGUUUGUCGCCCAGAGCUUUCUGCAGCUGAGUGUCAUCCUGAAGAAGGUAUUUAUUCAAUGGUAGAUGAGCAAAGAUGGCGAAGCUUUAUGAGUGAAGAUGGUAGCAUAGAAGAUGAAUUGCAACUACGAAAAGAGAUAUUUUUUGGUGGUCUAGACUGCAAACUCAGGAAAGAAGUGUGGCCAUUUUUAUUGCAUUAUUAUAACUUUAGUUCCACGUUUGAUGAAAGAGAACAAAUUAGAAACGAUAAAUACAUUGAAUAUCAGAACAUUAGGAGAAAGAGAGAUCAAAUGAGUCCUACUGAGCUUGAUACAUUUUGGAGAAAUAUUCAGUGUACUGUUGAGAAAGAUGCUAUUAGAACUGACAGGAAUCAUCCAUUUUUUGCUGGAGAGGAUAAUCCAAACAUAGAGACUAUGAAAAACAUUUUGUUAAACUAUGGUUUUUAUAAUCCAAAAAUUGGAUAUACCCAAGGGAUGUCUGAUUUACUUGCUCCCAUCCUGGCUGCUGUUCAAGAUGAAUCUGAGGCUUUUUGGUGUUUUGUUGGUCUCAUGCAACGAACCAUUUUUGUAACUUGUCCCAAAGAUUUCGACAUGGAUAUAAAUUUGAAUUAUUUGGGAGAACUGUUUAGAGUCAUGAAUAAAAAGUUUUACGAUCACUUGUGUGUGGCAGAUGGUUUAGAUUUAUUGUUUGUGCACCGAUGGAUACUUCUUUGCUUCAAAAGAGAAUUUCCAGAACCGGAAUUUAUGAAGAUGUGGGAAUCCUGCUGGGCUCAUUAUCAAACAGAUUAUUUUCACCUUUUUAUAUGUAGUGCCAUAAUUUCUAUUUAUGGAGAUGAUGUCAUUGCUCAGUCGCUUCGUGCUGAUGAAAUGAUGGUCCAUUUUAGUAGCCUGGCCAUGUACAUGAAUGGAGAUCUAGUUUUACGAAAGGCUAGAGGUCUGUUGCAUCAAUUUCGGUUACUACCUCGUAUCCCGUGUACUUUGUCCAGACUUUGUGAACUUUGUGGUCCAGGUAUGUGGGACAGUGGACAUGUCCCUCUAAUCGAUUGUUCUGGAAACCACGGAGAUCAUUCUUGUCCCUAUGGGGGACAAGACCCUACCAUCAAAGUGAUCUGAAAUGAAAUCAAUGUUCAACAGUUAUUUUAUUUCCAUUCACUUAGAUUUGUGAAAUUAUCCACAAAUCACUAUAUUUCCUUUAUCAAUAAGUGUUUUAAACCUUGUCUUUCCAAUGUUUUGUCUGAUGUCAAAUGUGCCUGUGUCUUUAUAGAAUUUAUCUAUAACAGUUUAACCAAUUUUUAGAAUUUUUUUUUCGAUUUAACAAAAAUGUUUUUUCUUUAAGGUAUUUCAAACCAAUGAAAACCCAUUUUGUUUUAAGAUAAAUUGUCUUUAACAGCUUCCUAUUUUUAAUUAGUUAUUUAAUUUUUAAUUUAUUCUCCUCAUUUUACUAGUCAGUUUAAUAUAAAACAAAGUAGUGUGUGCAUUUAUUUUUAGUACAAAAUAGUCCUUAUUGUAGAUUCUAUUCUAUGAUACAAUUUAAUAACUUCGUACAAUUUUUGAAAUGAUUACAAAAUAUGUAGUUGUGUUAUGUACUGUGCUUUACAUGUAGUACAUAUUUACAUUAUUCCGAGCUCAACAUUAGUCUAAUAUUCCUACUUUGUAAUAAUCUUCAGAACCACUGUUAAAAAAAUAUUUAUUGAAAA